AUGUAUUUGCCUCCUAUUGGGCUUCCUAUUGGGAUAAAGCUGGACCAACGUCGACUAUGUGGUUCUUGCAAUGGAUUGAUCUGCGUAACUCAUUACAAUGGUUACCAUAAUGAUCUUCAACUUGGGGUUAUGUUAUGGAAUCCAAGUCUUAAUCAAUACUGGAGAUUGCCUGAUUCCCCUGCGUCACUUGAUUCUUGCAAGAGGGGAAGGAGACUAUCGCGUACCAAGUAUUUUUUCGGUUUUGGCUACGAUGAAACUCGCGAUGAUUACAAGGUGGUGAGACUCGUUCAAACCACCUACAAUUAUGAGAGUCUAGUGGAGCAAGAAAUUAAAGUUUAUAGCAUGAAAUCGAAUUCUUGGAAAAGUCUUGAUCCCGAGGAGUCGCUUGGACAUUCGAUUGUGUUCCAAAGCAGCUUUGAUGCGGUACUUGCGAAUCAUUCUGUACAUUGGGUCAUUUGGGGAGGGGAAAAGUACGAUGAUUGCGAAAGGCAUGCAAGCAGCCCUUCACUUGGUAACCGAAAAGUUUCAAAUUGUUCCAUUGCCUGGAAAUGUUUAUCUUCGGGAGCUUGUGGUUUUGGAUGGCUGUCUUAG